AUGUACUAUAGGGAGAAAAGAGCAUCAUCCUAUCAGAAACCUUAAAUAGGUUAAGAUGAUUUGAGAAAUCAGUUGGAUUUACUUGAUUAAUUUAUGAGACCAUCAUAUGAUGUUAAAUUUCAUCAUGAUCCUAGUCAAAAAAGUGGAAUUAGAUAAUCUAAUCAUUUGAAUAAAUCCUUCUAGUUUCCAAAAUUGUCAACAUUACCAGAAGAAUCAGUAAAUGAGGAAGUAGCUCAAAUGUAGCAGGCUAUAGAUUAAUAAAACUAGACUCUAAAGAGAUUAUUAAAAGAAUAAAGAGAAGUAAGAUUAUAAAUGGAUAAUCAAGAUAAAUAAAGCUUAACUUUUUAAGCAAGAACUUGAGAAUUUAAAAACUUAAGUUCAAACUAUACAUCUAAAAUUACCAAAACUGCCUUAAUAUGAGUAAUUAAAUGAAAUAAAACAUGAAAUUUCAUCAUUAAGACAAUCAUUCUUCCAAUAAGCUUAAUAGCCUUAAUAGCCAAUUAUACAACCUCCAUAGAUAAUUUAUUAAUAAAUGCCUUAACCUAUAUAAUAACCUCAAUAUUUUCCACCUUAUCCAUAUUAUCCUCCACCUUAUCCUCCUUAUGGAUAAUAGCCUCCUUCACCUUAUGGAUAAUAACCUCCUCCAUAUCCACUUUAACAAUAACUAUAUUAAUAACCUUAUUAAUACAAUCCCUAUCAAUCUCCUUAUUAUCCUCAACCUUAAUCUUAACCCCAAGAUGGUUAAGCAAAUUAAUAAAACCCUUAAUCAGUUGGUAAAAUUAAGACAAAAACUGCUGGUUCACAAGGCUAAAAUUCAAGAAGAUCUAGUCAAAAGACAAUACCUUUAGUUUCAAAGAGAUCUAAUCAAUAAACUAAAUAAAGUUUUUUCUCUGAUGUAUUAUAAAUUUAGCUUAAUAUAGAAAGGAGACAAGAAAGUGCCAUUCCAAGGAUCCAGACUAAAAGUAAUUUUUAAUGCAGUUCGACUUGCUAUGAGAUGGAAGAUAUAUUGCAAACCUUUAAAUAUUUUAUGGAGAAAAUUGUAUAAACAUUCUGUUGAGUGUAAAGCAGUGAUAUAAAAAAUUUCUUAUUCUGUAGCUUUGAAACGUAUUAAUGAUUGGUGCAAAAUGGUCUUAGCAAAAGUUGAAAAUUAUUUAACUAAAAUAAAAGAAAUAGAUUUUAUUGUAUAUUUCUUUGUUAUCAAAAGAAUCCAGAAAAACCAUUGACAGAAUAAGAAAUAGAUUAAUCAUAUAUGUAAAUAACAAAUGCAAUGAAAUAUCUAAUGACUAGUUUAGUUACUUAUUGUACAAAUGAUUUUAUGAUACCAGAAUUGAAAUUUUUAUCAUAUCUAUAGUUUUUUGAUUAACCAGAAAUAGAUAGAGGAUUAUUUGUAGCCAGAAGAGUAUUAUUUUGGAAAGAAAAAUAAUUAGAUAUGACAAAAACAUAAUAAAUGAUGAUUGUAGGAGAUCUUGUUAUAUUAGUACAUAUUCUACCUGCUUUGAUGGAAAUACCAGGAUAAAUAUUUUUAAUUAAAUGUAUGGUAUCACUUGUUUAAAUUCAUUUUAUGAAAUAUUUUGAUUUGAGAGUACUUAAUAGAAAUCCAGAAUAUAGAAUUAUUUAAUUAAAUUUAGUUGAUGUUGUUGAUGCAAAAUUAGUUGUCAGAUUAGAAAAAUUAGAAAAAUUUGAUGAUGAAAGAUAUAUUGUUGGUGUUUAUGAGGAAAGUCAAUUUUAAGGAUUUUAUGCUAAAAGACCUCAUUUUUAAGAUGACAUGCAAAAAGCUUUAUUAUAAAUACAUACUAAUUUAUUAUAAGCAUUAGCUGCUAAAUGA